GAUGAAAAUCAAAAGUACGAAGUAGAAGUAGUAAUUGGCAGGCACCGGCACGAAUUGCAACUCGUUCAUUUGAAUAGCAAUACCAUUUCUCUGCUCGUUUGAGUCGGGAUCCAAAAAUGACGACAACUACGAGCAAAAGAAACGGACACGGAAAAGGGAAUGAGAAGAAGCAGAACCAGAAGCAGAGUACUACAAACCCUGCGAUCAAGCGCAAACCCUUCCGUCCCAACUACGACUACGAAGUCGACUACAACGACCACUUCGAAACUCCUCUCAAUGCCUACACCGAUAUUCUGCCGCUCCUCGAUUCCCUCGAAACGGCAACGAAGAGCGACGGUGCCGCCCGGUGUUGUCCUCGUCCCCGAAGUGAACACGUCUUGUACGAUCCCUACUAUUGCAACGGGAGCACCAAGGGCCUCCUCGAGGGGCUCGGAUUCGACAAGGUGGUGCACAAGAAACGGGAUUUCUACAGGGACAUUAGGGAGGGAAGAGUUCCGGAUCACCACACUCUUGUGACCAACCCGCCCUACUCGGACGACCACAAGGAACGGUGCCUCCAAUUCUGCACGAAGCAGUUCCGGGAGAAGAAGACGGCCUUCUUCUUGCUCAUUCCGAGCUACGUGGCCGCCCGCAGCUACUACCGGAGGAUCCUGGGGGACAACGUCCGAGACGUGGCCUACCUGGUCCCGCACCGCGAAUACUCCUACUCGCACCCGGAGGGUACCGGACACGAAGAAUCUCCUUUUUCCUCGCUCUGGUUUUGCUGCAUCGGUCGGGAACGGAUACGGGAAUGGACGGAGCGGCACCAGAAUGGAUCCGGCGUUGGCGAUGCGCACUACCGAACCAGCAAUGCCGACCAUCGAAAAGGACGCCCGAGAUUCGUCGCGUCUUUCGACGAAUUGGUGUCCCUCGGUGUUAUUACGUUGCAGAAUCGUCCCAAUCCGAGACAGCGAAAGAAAAUGCGAAAACUGGCGGCGCAGGGCCCCGGCGAAGAUGGUGCGGGGAACGGAGACGGCGCGGAGCAACGAGCAAAACCACAAACCAAGAACAAGAAGAAGUGGACGCCUGCUACAAAAGAGUCGGUCAAAGGGAAGAAACGAAGCAACGCAAAAAGCAAGUAUCGCACCACGGACGGAAAGAGAACGAAAAAGCGGUUUUGAGAGUACGUAGUGUGUGCGCGCUUACGUACAUAAAGCGAUAUCGCAUUA